UCUUUGCCGUCCUUUCUCUCUCUACACACACAGUGCCAUUGACCUCUGUGCUGUCCAAAUUCACAAAGCUUCUCUCUCACCAACUUGCUUGCUUCUUCUUCUUCUUCUUCUUUUUUUAUCUUCAUCAACUCAAACAAAACAACCAUUUCUCCAAAGCUACCUUUCACUUCUCAUCUGCAACAUUUUCCAGAUUUGAACUUCUGGGUUUGUUUCUUUUCCAGUUUUUUUUUUUUUUUUUUUUUUUUAAAAUUUUUUCACUGUCUUUUGUUUCUGUAGAAACAAACUUGUGUGUGAAACAAACAACGUUAGUGUUGGUGUUUCAUGUUUUUAUGUCUGUUUGAUGAUUGGAUCAUGUAAUUUAAUGUUGUUUAUUAUGUUCUGAUCCCAUAUUUAAAACAACCUUAAUAAAUGUUUUAGUACUAGAACAAAUUAUGUUUUUUUUCAAGAUCUAGUUAAGUCAAAGUCAAACUAUAAUGGAUACAAAAAACCCAUCUGGGAAUUCUUCAAAGAUUGAAACUUUCAUGCAUAAUUCAUCAUCAAGAAGAAGUUCUGGUAGAAAUUCAAUAAGGGAAGUCACUUUUGGUCACUCUGAGUCCAAACCUGUGAGAUAUGGAUCAAAGGGUGCUGUUGAUUCUGAAGCAUUCAGCAUGUCUCAGAAAGAAAUCAGUGAUGAAGAUGCUAGGUUGAUUUAUGUUGAUGAUCCUGAUAGAACAAAUGAGAGAUUUGAAUUUGCUGGGAAUUCGGUUCGGACCGGAAAAUACUCUUUUAUAACUUUUCUUCCUAGGAAUUUGUUUGAACAGUUUCAUAGAGUUGCUUAUAUUUAUUUCCUUAUAAUUGCUAUUCUUAAUCAGUUACCUCAACUAGCUGUUUUUGGUAGAGGUGUAUCAAUUUUGCCAUUAGCUUUUGUUCUUCUUGUUACUGCUGUGAAAGAUGCAUAUGAGGAUUGGAGGAGACAUAGAUCAGAUAAAGUUGAGAAUAAUAGGUUAGGAUUGGUUUUGGUUAAUGGUCAUUUCAUUGAGAAGAAAUGGAAAGAUAUUAGAGUUGGUGAGAUCAUUAAAAUCAAUGCAAAUGAACCGAUUCCUUGUGAUUUUGUUUUGUUGUCGACGAGUGAUCCUACUGGUGUUGCUUACGUUCAAACUCUUAAUCUAGAUGGUGAGUCUAAUUUGAAGACUAGAUAUGCAAAACAAGAGACUCAAUUUAAGUUUCAUGAAAAGGAGAGGUUUAGUGGUUUGAUUAAGUGCGAGAAACCAAAUAGGAAUAUAUAUGGAUUUCAGGCUACAAUGGAGGUUGAUGAAAAGAGAUUGUCACUUGGUUCCUCGAAUAUUGUACUUAGAGGAUGUGAACUUAAGAAUACUAAUUGUGUGGUUGGUGUUGCCGUGUAUUGUGGUCGUGAGACAAAAGCUAUGCUCAACAACUCAGGAGCUCCGUCUAAGAGGAGCCGUCUUGAAACACAAAUGAACUCUGAGAUAAUCAUGCUUUCGUUCUUUCUUGUAGCUUUGUGUUCAGUUACUUCAGUUUGCGCUGCUGUUUGGUUAAAGCGAAACAAGAAUGAAUUGAACCGAUUGCCUUAUUAUAGGAAAUUGGAUUUUUCAAAGGGAAAAGAGGAAAGUUAUCAAUAUUAUGGAUGGGGAGUGGAAAUCCUUUUCACAUUCCUCAUGUCGGUUAUAGUUUACCAGGUUAUGAUCCCGAUAUCCUUGUACAUUUCUAUGGAACUUGUUCGUGUUGGUCAGGCGUACUUCAUGAUCAAAGAUUCUAGAUUGUAUGAUGAGGCAACAAAUUCAAGAUUUCAGUGUAGGGCCUUGAAUAUCAAUGAAGAUUUAGGGCAAAUUAAAUAUGUCUUUUCGGACAAAACUGGCACUCUGACUGAGAACAAGAUGGAGUUUCAAUGCGCUAGUAUUUGGGGUGUCGAUUACAGUUCUGCAAAACCCAGCCUUGAGAAUGAGCAAGUUGAAUACUCUCUUCAAGUGAAUGGAAAGGUCUUGAAGCCAAAGAUGAAGGUGAAAGUUAAUCAAGAGCUUUUGCGAUUGGCAAAAAGUGGAUUUGCAAGCAAAGAUGGAAAACGGAUUUACGAUUUCUUUCUUGCACUGGCCGCAUGCAAUACUAUUGUGCCUCUUGUAGUUGACACAGCCGACCCUACAGUCAAGCUGAUAGAUUAUCAAGGGGAAUCACCAGAUGAACAAGCCUUGACAUAUGCUGCCGCUGCCUAUGGUUUUAUGCUUAUAGAACGAACCUCAGGUCACAUAAUGAUUGAUAUUCAUGGAGAACAACAAAGGUUCAAUGUCUUGGGUUUACAUGAAUUCGAUAGUGAUCGGAAAAGGAUGUCAGUUAUAUUGGGGUGCAACGACAAUUUGGUGAAACUUUUCGUCAAAGGGGCGGAUACAUCAAUGUUCAGUGUGAUCAAUAAAUCAUUGAAUACAGACAUAAUACAGGAUACUGAAACCCAUCUUCACUCUUAUUCUUCUGUGGGUUUGAGGACACUUGUUAUUGGGAUGCGGAACUUAAAUGCUUCAGAAUUUGAUCAAUGGCACUUUGCCUUUGAGGCAGCAAGUACUUCUAUGAUUGGCAGGGCUGCUUUGCUUCGCAAGGUUGCUGCAAAUGUAGAGAAUAACCUAUGCAUAUUGGGCGCUACUGCUAUUGAAGAUAAACUGCAGCAAGGUGUGCCAGAAUCUAUCGAGUCUCUAAGGAAAGCCGGUAUUAAAGUAUGGGUGUUGACUGGGGACAAACAAGAAACUGCCAUAUCAAUUGGCUACUCGUCAAAGCUACUAACAAGUGGCAUGACUCAGUUUAGAAUUAAGAGCAAUAAUCGAGAGUCGUGUAGACGACGUUUACAGGAUGCACUUCUCAUGUCUAGAAAAAACGUAACUGCACCAGAGGUUGGCAACUAUAUUGAAGGAAGUUCUGAUGGAGUUGUUUCAACUCCUAUGGCAUUGAUUAUUGAUGGUACCAGCCUUGUAUAUAUUCUUGAUAGUGAACUUGAAGAAGAGCUCUUUGAACUUGCACGAAGAUGUUCCGUUGUUCUUUGUUGUCGAGUAGCUCCACUGCAAAAGGCUGGGAUUGUCUCUCUCGUAAAGAAUAGGACGGCCGAUAUGACUCUAGCCAUCGGAGAUGGUGCUAAUGAUGUAUCAAUGAUCCAAAUGGCUGAUGUUGGGGUUGGCAUCAGUGGUCAGGAGGGUAGGCAAGCUGUAAUGGCUUCAGAUUUUGCAAUGGGGCAGUUUCGGUUUUUAGUUCCUCUCUUAUUUGUACACGGACACUGGAAUUACCAACGACUAGGCUACAUGGUGCUAUACAAUUUUUACAGAAAUGCUGUCUUUGUGCUCAUUCUGUUUUGGUAUGUUCUCUUCACUGCUUUCACUUUGACAACAGCUAUAAAUGAAUGGAGCAGCAUGUUGUAUUCAAUAAUCUACACUGCAGUGCCAACUAUUGUUGUUGCCAUUUUUGACAAGGAUCUUAGUAAAAGGACUCUUCUACAGAGUCCUCAGCUUUAUGGGGCUGGACAAAGACAAGAGGCCUACAACAAAAAAUUGUUUUGGUUGACGAUAGCCGAUACGUUAUGGCAAAGCGUUGUUGUCUUUUUUGUUCCUCUCUUUGCAUAUUGGGGAAGCACUGUAGAUAUCGCAAGUAUGGGGGAUCUUUGGACUAUUUCGAUAGUUAUUUUGGUCAAUUUGCACUUGGCCAUGGAUGUAAUCAGGUGGACUUGGAUUUCUCAUGCAUCCAUUUGGGGGUCUAUCAUUGCAACUUUCAUAUGUGUCAUGGUUGUUGAUGCUAUACCGUCCCUUCAUGGUUACUGGGCUAUUUUCGAUGUGGCAAGCACCGCAUUAUUCUGGUUAUGUUUGCUAGGAAUACUAAUAGCAGCAUUGCUUCCACGUUUUGUUGUAAAGUUUAUUUAUCAAUAUUAUUGUCCCGACGAUAUUCAGAUUUCAAGAGAAAUCGAGAAGUUUGAGAAUAGAAGGGUCAAUGGAGAUAGACAGAUAGAAAUGCUUCACAUCUCAAAUCCACAAAGAUAACACUAGUGUUGAUCUUGACCCUUUGUUGUAUCAUUUCUUUUUGUAAAGUUAUUCAUUCUUUAGGCUACGUCAGAAUAUUAUUGAUGUUGGUUGCCAUGAUUUCAUUGUUUUCUAUCCAAAGGGUAGAUAGAGUUUUUGUUUCAUACAAAAAGGUUGUUGUAUUUUUGUUCUUCUUGUAUUGAUAAAAUUAGGUUGUUGUAAAUUUACAUUGAUUAUAGCAGAAAAUGAGAAAAAUUGAUUAUAUGUUACUGAUCAAAUUUUAAUAUGAA